AUGGAUUGUAUUUGUAAGCUGUUAUUUCUGCUACUGGUACUCGCAGUAUGUGUGGAAGUGGAAGCAGAAAUUUGGGACCGGCCGUACUCCUAUGUGAAUGAAGGAGAACUGGGGGAGUAUACAGUGGAGUACGGUGCUAGCUAUCGAGCCUUAUCCUUAGCAUCUGCCGGAGCCAUAUUUCAGUUGGCAUUCUUCAACACUACGCCCAAUGCAUACACAUUGGCCAUCCGCAUGGGGUACUACAGCUAUGCUGAAACCAUGCGCUUUGUGUGGACGCCAAACAGACAUCACCUCGUCUCGGAGAAGGCAACUCUCAACUUCACAAGCCGAGGAGAUCUGGUGCUCUUCGAUGCCGAUGGCACCCUCGUCUGGUCUACCAACACUGCAAAUAAGGGCGUCGUGGGGAUCGAACUCCGGAGCAACGGAAACAUGGUGCUCUAUGACAAAAAGAACAGAACCGUGUGGCAGAGCUCCGACUUCCCCACAGACAGUCUCUUGGUGGGGCAGUCAUUAGACAUAAGCCGAGUGAAGAAGCUGGUGAGCCGGACUUCGGAAAAGGACGGUUCGGAGGGGCCUUACAGUCUGGAAAUGGAAGCCGGGGGCUUUGCGCUCUACGCCAGUUUGCCAAACCCUAUGCCCUACUGGACUCUCAGCUUCUACGACAAUGAAAGAAAAGACUUGUUCAGCAUUAAGCACACCUGUGAGCGGCCGGUUUCAAGCAUCACUUUCCCCAGCGACCCCGAGGCCCGCAACGGGUUCCGCCAGAUAAUCGAAAUGCGUCUGAGCAAUGCGAGCGCUCCGGCACAGCAGAGAGCAACCGAGCUUUGCAAUCUCACUUCCCAAUCCAUAGGUAGAUACGGCUUCAAUUUUCCCAGGUUUAAUACCACCUUGUCGUUUCUAAGGCUGGACUGGGAUGGAAAUCUGAGAAUGUAUACACUCUCCUGA